UUAAGAAUCGUUUAUUGCUGAAUCAAAGCGCCCCAAAAAUCUCGCAUACAACACUUUCAGUACAUUUAUAAAGUCAGGUAUUCUCCUAUUAUUAAAACUUACUAUGAAAACCCAAUUUCUGUCGCUUGAACAUGGUGAAUUUUCUUUACAAUACCACAAGUGAAGAGGUUGAAGAAGAUAAAAAGAACCAACCUUUUUCAGAGUUACUUUCUGUCCCUGAUUUUGACGAGUUUUCUUUGUCUUUUGCUGAUUCAUUUCUUGAUUUUGAUUCCCUCAGCGAUUUAAUAUCAGAUAGCCCUAUGUCUGAUAAAAAACAAGAACCCAUUGAGCUUAGUUCUGUUGAAGUUGAGUUGAACAAUUUGGACAAGAAUAAUGGUGGGAUUUUUGAGAAAUUUGAAGUUCAAAGUGAGGUUCCUUUGAGUUGUUUGAAUCAAGAAAAGACUGAAAGUGGGGUUUCUGAAAAUGGUUUGGAUAAGGGAAGUGAUGGGAUAAUAGAGAAAGUUGAGUUGCCUGUAGUGGAGUUGGGGAGAGUUAGUAUAACUGAUACAGAGAAUGAAAAAGUUGCUAUAAGUAGUAAGGAUGAGGAAAAAAUUGUUAAUGAGUCUGGUGUUAGUGGAAGUAUAGCGAAUAACGAGUUAAAAGGUGAUACGGAGUCUGGAAGUGCAAGUGAAAGUGAAAGUGCAUCGUCUUCCUCAGCGGCGUCUAGUAGUGAUGAGGAAGAAGAUGAGAGUAGUUCGAAUGAGGAAGAAGAAGAAGGGAAGGUGGAUAUGGAAGAAGGGGAGAUUGUAGGGUCUGAUCCUGAUGAGAUGGUUGCUUGGGAUGAUGAUGAGGAGGACACUGGUGCUAAGGGACCUAUCAAGUCUAAGAACGAGGUUCAGGUUCUACCUCCAGUUCCAGAAGUGACUGCAACCUUACAACCACAGCACCAGAUGCAGCCUGUAGGAGUUGUGACAUCGAUUCUCGGGGCCCAAGUUGUAGUAGAAGGGGUGGAGAAGCACACUCCUCUUUAUGAUGGUUCUAUUCUCUGGAUAACAGAAAGCAGAUCACCACUCGGUAUAAUAGAUGAGAUUUUUGGGCCUGUCAAGAACCCGUACUACAUUGUAAGAUACAAUUCUGACAAUGAAGUUCCCCCUGGAAUCCACCCAGGCACCUUGAUCUCAUUCGUCCCUGAAUUUUCAAGUCAUAUCUUAAAUGACAACAGUCUCUACAAGAAAGGGUAUGAUGCAUCUGGCGAAAAUGACGAAGAGGUGUCCGAGGAUGAAUUUUCAGAUGAUGAGAAGGAGGCUGAAUACAAGAAAAUGCUGAAAAUGAAAAAGAGGGGCGUCACAAAUGACCAGAAACCAGGAAACAAGAAAAAAGACAAAAGGAAUCUCAAAAAUCGAUCUCAGAACUGGAAACAACAUGAUCAAGGUGCGGCUACAGAUGUGCAACAUGAAAAUGGUAAACCAUCAGUUGACCAAAGUCAACGUUUUAUCCCAGCUGCUUCUGGUCCAUUGGAUCAAGGCAUUCGUCCAAACGCCUCUCUUCAAGGACAUGGAAAGAAUAUUACGCCUCCAUUCCCUCAUAUGGAAAAUCCCCUUGGCUUAGCAGCACCGUCAAAUGGAGUUUGGAAUAACGGAAUCCCAUAUCAGCAGCCCCAGAAUAUGGGCUUUCCUAACGGACUGCCGAAUAUGGGUAUGCCAUGGGCCCAACAAGGUCAUCCGCAGCAAAUGUUUCAAAUGCCUACGCCAAAUGCAUUACCUUUUGAGCAGCAAAUAAAUCCAAAUCUUCCCUCUGGCUUUAUGUUCCCAGGUGGACUACCGAAUUUUGGUGCAGGGCCUUCAUUUGCACCUUGGCCUGCCUUAGGACAAAAUGUUUUUGGUCAAACACCUUUGCCAAUGGGCUUACCAGGCCAAUUUACUCCUACACCCAUGAAUUUUGGAGGUCAAGUACCAGCAAAUGGACCACAAUCAGGACAGAACAACAAUUCACAAUUUACCUCUACACUCAUGAAUUUUGGAGGUCUAGUACCAACAAAUGGACCACGGUCAGGACAGAACAACAAUUCACAACCAGGCCAAUUUACUCCUACACCCAUGAAUUUUGGAGGGCAGGUACCAGCAAAUGGACCACAAUCAGGACAGAACAAUAAUUCAGGUCCUGGCUAUAAUAAUGGUUCUCCAAAUUUCAAUCGAGGCGCUCGUUCUGGUGGUGGUCGGAGAGAGAAUCACAGGGGUGGUGGCCGUUUUGGUGGUAGGAGAGGCAGGUCACAACGUAACUGAAGAGUUUCAUGUGAUGAUGAAGAAGAACGAGCAAGUCGUAGGGUGUACAGGGAGGGGAUGUUCUCGUUCUCCGACAUGUAAAGGUUGCACCACCUGUGUUUGUUUUGGUUGCCAGAUAUGUCGAUUUUCAGAUUGCAUUUGCCAGACGUGCAGUGAUUUCACAAGGAAUGCAAAAGCCUGAUUAUUCUAUAAUUUGUUUCCAAUUUAAUGGGGUAUGUUUUCCUCAUCAUUAAUUCAUUUAAACCCCUGCUGUCCAUGUUUUUGUUGACUAUUAAACCCAAAUUUACAUUUACAAUCAAAGGCUUUUCUCUCUAUAAUAUAUUUGUGCAUCUGCAUCAUGCAUGCAUGCUAAGA